CUUCGCUCCUGCGCGUCUUGAGUUUGGAUGAAAACUCGAGUCUCGCUUUUAUUUCAAUGAGAAGUCGCUCGUGGACGAUGACGCUGCGUCAGACUCAGCUCCCCGCGGCCGCACCGACGCGCUCCGGACGAAUCCUCUAAAGUUUCCUGCGCAGAGAAAAAAAAACCAUUCAUUGAAGCGAAGAUGAUGAUGUCUGACGCCAGUGACAUGUUGGCAGCGGCCCUGGAGCAGAUGGAUGGGAUCAUAGCAGGCUCCAAGGCGAUGGAUUACUCCAACGGGCUCUUCGACUGCCAGUCGCCCACCUCGCCCUUCAUGGGGGGCCUCCGGGUGCUGCACCUCCUGGAGGACCUGCGUGCGGCCCUGGAGCUCAUGGACAAUGAGGAGAGGGACAACCUGCGCUGUCAGAUCCCCGAUUCCACCGCAGAGGGGUUGGCAGAGUGGCUGCACGGAGGAAUGGCCAACGGACACGGAUCAGACGCACUGAACCAAGAUCGCCUGUCGCGGCUGGAGAGUGACAAAGAGUGUCUUAUUCUCCAGGUAAGCGUUCUGACAGACCAGGUGGAGGUGCAGGGCGAAAAGAUUCGAGACCUCGACUCUUGUCUUGACCAUAACCGGGAGAAACUCAAUGCCACUGAGGAGCUUCUUCAACUGGAGCUGCUGAGCCGAUCGGCGCUGGAGACCCAGAAGCUGGAGCUGAUGACCGAGGUGUCGAGUCUGAAGCUGAAGCUGGCGACUGUGGAGCGCGACCACAGGGACCAUGAGGGCCUGUACCAGGAAGUGACGGACCUGCGGUUCAGGGUGACUGACAUGGAGAACGAGAGGCUGCAGUGUGAGAAGAAACUCAAAGUUACCAAAGAUGAGCUGCAGCUUCUGCAGAAGCAGCUGGACGAGCGAGAGCUGGAGCUGCGGAGGCUGAGGGACGAGGGCCGGCUGAAGGUGGAGGGAGGAGACGGAGAAACAGAAGUGCUGAAGGUGAGGAGGCUGUUGGAGACGCUGACGUCCGCCAACGAUCAGAAGGAGAGACGGAUUAAAGAGCUGGAGGAGUCGCUGACUAAGUGCAAGGAAGUGCAGGAGCUCGAUAAAGAGAACUUGAAUGAAGACGACUAUGAUGAUAUCCCAGAUGACCCCUCGGUUCCUGUGUCCAUGGAGGUGGACCAGGUCACGCUGGAGGGGGAGGCAGGAAGGAGCUUCGGCGAGUCGGUUCCGUGUAUCGCUGUCUUGUCUGAGAUGAACGAUCUGGACAGAGAGAGACAGCUGCAGACGCAAAGUUUGACGGUGACCAGCAGCAGUGACCAGACGAUAAACAGAGCAGCUGGUUCCCUCCCCCCCAGUAAAUCAAGCCCCAGCAGUGAGCAGGCCUUUGGCUCCAAGAAGAGUCGCUCCUCUUUUGGUCGUGGAUUCCUGAAGCUGCGAGGAGGGAAGCAGGCGGCCAGCACCUCCAACCUCGCUGAGACAGAACGUAAAGGCACAGAUCACCUGGACUUGGCCGGCGCUCCUCCACAGAAAUCCCACAAUGCACCUCCCCUGCCGUCCUCACCGGAAACCAAGAAGAAGUCGAAAGGCUUCAUGAAAUUCUUUGGCAGGCUGAAGAGGAGUCACUCCACCUCCUUCAACCUGGACGAGGCAGCGGAGAUGGAGUUCAGGAGGGGCGGAGUCAGAGCCACGGCCGGCCCCCGACUCGGGUGGUCACGAGAAGCUAAACACAAUGCUGUGGAUGUUCCGUUCGCCCGCUGGAGCAAAGAGGAAGUUUACGAGUGGCUGCACGAGCAAGGCCUCGGGUUGUACGCUGCUCAGGGUCAGAACUGGAUCCGAUCGGGACAAACGCUGCUGCAGGCGUCUCAGCACGACGUGGAGAAGGAGCUGGGCGUCCGGCAGCCUCUCCACAGGAAGAAGCUGCAGCUGGCUCUACAGGCGCUCGGAUCCGAUGAGGACGACCUGAAGGGCAGACUGGACCACAACUGGGUGACCAGAUGGCUGGAUGACAUCGGCCUCCCGCAGUACAAGAGUCACUUCGAUGAGGCGCGUGUGGACGGACGGAUGCUGGACCACAUGACCGUGGAGGACUUGUUGUCUCUGAAGGUCGGCAGCGUCCUCCAUCACCUCAGCAUCAAACGAGCCAUUCAGGUCCUCCGCCUCAACUCCUACGAGGCAAACUGCCUCAGGCGCCGGCCCUCCGACGAGAACAACAUGACCCCGGCUGAGAUCUCCCAGUGGACGAACCACCGGGUGAUGGAGUGGCUCCGGUCGGUGGACUUGGCCGAGUACGCUCCGAACCUGAGGGGCAGCGGCGUUCAUGGAGGACUGAUGGUGCUGGAGCCGCGCUUCAACGUGGAAGCUCUCGCCCUCCUGCUCAACAUCCCCCCCAACAAAACCCUGCUGAGACGCCACCUGGCCACACACUUCCACCUGCUGGUCGGCUCCGAGGCUCAGCGGCUCAAACAGGAAUGUCUGGAAAACCCCGACUACACCGUCCUCACCGCCACCGCCAAGGUCAAGCCUCGCCGGAUGUCAUUCGGCGGGUUUGGAACUCUGAGGAGGAAACGUCAGGACGACAGCGAGGAGUACGUCUGCCCCAUGAACGUGGAGAUGCCCAAGAGCAGCAGCUUCCAGACGGGGGAGCGGCUCUACGAGGACCACCUGGAGCAGAUGGAGGACUCUGAGGGGACAGUGCGGCAGAUCGGAGCGUUCUCCGAGGGAAUCAACAACCUGACGAACAUGCUGACGGGCGACGGCUUCUUCCAGGAAACGUCUGUCUGUCAUCCGGAGGUCGACGCAGCAGAAACACACGACAGCUCCGAGGCGUGAAGAAGAACUUUGGUUCAAAAGAACAAUUCUGAGCCGACGACGUCCCAGAUGAAAACCACGUGAGACCUUUUCACAGGGACGCUCAGUUAGUCUCUGAUAUUUAUUGAAGCUGUCAGUUAUAAUGCAUGAACUUCAAAUUCAAGGUUUGCAUUAACGUGCCUGCAUUUAUUGUUAUUACUCUUGUAGCCAGUGAGAUCAACUUUAAGAUGUUUGUCUUAUUUUAAAGAAAUCUCCCUCAAGUGUUUAUGUCCACAGCUGCAGUACGUCAACUUUUUUGAUUUGUCUCCGUUUCUUUUUAAAGAGUGUCGGGUUCCACGUGUUUUAAAACAGCUGUUUAAACUUGAGCAUCACACACACAGUAUAAAGGUUGAGACAAAUCUGAAAACUCAAACUUUUUAUGGUCAGACACCACAACACAUCUUUUAUAACAGUGAUAAACUUGUGUUUUUGCUUUCUCACCAGGUUCGAAAAUGAAAAUCACUCACAUCCGUAUAAAAAAAUAAAGCUCAAUUGGAAUAUUGUUCACUACAAAACGUAAAAUCACUAAGAAUUUGUAGUAAUGCUUAAAUAAACGUUUAGCUUCUUGUUUACCAGACGGACGUGAGUGGAUUUAAUUUUCUAAUCGACAAAGAUCUUCAACAUGAAACUGACCAAAUGUUUUUUUCUUCUACGUUGUUUUUCAAUUUUUGGUAAUAAAAAAGAAAAAAAAUCUAUUUUCUUUGUCUUUCCUCUUAUUAACAUCAAUCACUACAUAUCCCAUCAUGCACUGCGGUCCCACUAAAAUAAAAAGUCCAAACGUGGAUAGCUCAAUAGUAACUGGGUUUUAUGUUGCAUAUUCAAACACAAGCAGCAAGACGUCUCAUCAGUAACAGGAACGAAUCCGUCUGAGCACAAUAAACCACAGAUGAACAUCAGGUCAAACUCUCGGGGACGAUGAGCGGUUCCGUACAAAUGAAGCACGAUUAUAUUCAGUGUGCAUAAAAAAAGCUUUUGAAGUGUUAAGGCACUAAAGCCAGUAAACCUCCUCUGACACUGGGUUCCUUUAGCAACAGGUCUUUUAAAUCACAUCCUCCUUUCACCACAAGCCGAUAUUCUCUCACUUUGGUUUCCCGUCCCAACAUGAACAACACAACACACACACAUCUGAAUCCUGAACUCACAUAUACACAACUUUCCUCUCCUCACACUCUUCCCCCCCCCGGCAGGUCUUGGUCCUCGCUGUGAUUCUGUUGCAUGAUGAAUGUCACGGCAUAAAUAUUGUUUACAUAGUGCAAAUACCCGACUACAUAAGUGCUUAAUGCUUUUUGGAGUAGAGAGAAUUCUUUCUGAAGGUUCCGUCCUCGUCUAGAAGACGAACCUGCGAUCUUCAGCGUGGCCGACUUUGUCCAGGU